AUGACCGUCUUUGGAAAAGGUGGAGUCUGUUAUACCAAGGGAUUGGCUGUCCAUGAGAAUUACCAGAUGUGCAAUGUCACGAAUAAAGCAAUCCUCGAUCAGAUCCACCCACGAAUUCCUCAGGUCACAUUUUCUUGCAAUACCGAGGAUGAGACUUGCAAUUUCCAGUUCUGGGUAGACCAGAAGGAGUCCUUCUACUGUGCAUUGGACACUUGCUCAUGGUCCGCCACAGAUACCACAGUACGAAACACCACAAAGUAUACUUGUGAGAAUAUAAAGUGCUCCUGCAUCGAAGAUCGGUUUCUAUGUGGCGAAGAUGGCUCUGUCAAUAUUGAUGAGUUUCUGGCCGAAGAGAUCAAGGGUCCCGCAUCGUUCUCCACUCAGCAUACCUAUGGUGGUAGCUCAAAAGAUGGCAGUAAGUUUGAAGAGCCGGCGAUGAACAAUUUGAUCUCCAUGAUCUUUGGCGACGAAUACAUUUCUCUCACAUGUCGGUCGGGCGAGUGUUUGUACAAAGAGGACGUUCCCGGUUAUGUUGCGCCAAUCAAGGAGAUAAACACCCCGGUGCUCGCAGCUGUCGCUUCCAGUGUCGCCUUGCUCAUUCUCGCCAUCAUUCUCGUUUCCUGGUACCUCUCUCGGAGAGCAGCAUACAAGAAGUGGGGUGCCAUUCGCCUGGGAGAAGGUUCUGAGGAUGAUCCCACCAAGUCUAUGGUCAAUCACACACCCAUGGCUUUACAAUUUGAGAACGUGUCUUACGACCUCAAGGGUAAACAAAUCCUCACAGGAAUCUCAGGAGUUGCACAGCCAGGUCAGAUCAUGGCGAUUAUGGGUGCUUCAGGUGCCGGGAAAUCCACCUUCCUCGACAUUCUUGCUCGAAAAAAUAAACGGGGCGUGGUCACAGGUACAAUGUUUGUAAAUGGCGAGAAAAUUCUGGACAACGAAUACCGAAACGUCAUCGGCUAUGUCGACCAAGAGGAUUCUCUACUGCCUACUCUCACUGUCCACGAAACUAUUCUCACAAGUGCUUUGUUAAGAUUACCCGCAGAUAUGGGUGUUUCGGUCAAAGAACAAAGAGUGACCGAAGUCAUGCAACAACUCGGUAUCUUCCACAUCAAGGAUCAGCUCAUUGGAUCAGAAGAGGGCAGCGGCAGAGGCGUUUCUGGUGGUGAGAAGAGAAGAGUCGGUAUUGCCUGCGAACUCGUGACCAGCCCUAGCAUUCUCUUCUUGGAUGAGCCUACGAGUGGGUUGGACGCCUUCAACGCCUUUAAUGUUGUCGAAUGUCUAGUAACGUUGGCGAAAACGUACAAUCGGACGGUGAUCUUCACCAUUCAUCAGCCUCGAUCCAACAUUGUUGCUCUCUUCGAUCAACUCGUCCUUCUUGCCAAAGGUAAAACUGUCUAUUCUGGUCCGUUCUCGACAUGUCAGCCCUAUUUUGAUCACAUAGGAUAUUCUUGUCCUCCCGGUUUCAACAUUGCCGAUUACCUGGUGGAUUUGACCAUGCACGCAAGUCUCCCACGUUCACCCCUAUUUGAUGAUGUCCAACGAGACUUCUCCGAAAGGGAUGGUCUUGCGACCGAAUCGAGUAGCACAAGAGCUGUCAAGUCGAUAGCAAGUGCAUCGAAUGUCAGUGUGGAAAGUCCCAGGGAACCUUCAAUACGGCCAACGCAGAAACGUCGGAUUUCAAUCAAGCAAAAGCAAGACCGCCAGUUAUUCACUCGCAAGAAGACUGGGAACGAUACGCCACCAACCCCAAAGACGGAUGAUGAAGAUACCGUUAUCAGCCGAGCAACUGGAAGUAUGCGCAGCUGGCUUCAGAUGUCAAAAAGGGAUGGUCCAAACCCUCCUCAGAUACUGGAGGACCCGGAUGACUUGCCUCCCGAUGUGAGCACCGACCUGGAUGCGCUGGUGGCUAGCUUCCGCAACUCGGAUGUCGCACAGACGAUACAUGAUGAGAUCUCCCUCUCAAUUCAAGCUGCCUCAUCCGCCAAUGGCCACAGCCCGGAGGAAGGCUCACUCGAGGCCGUUACUGGCAGCAUCAAGGGCUUCCGCCGAGUCAGCUGGCCGCGACAGUUUCUCAUCUUGUCCCAGCGCACAUGGCGGAACUUGUACCGAAAUCCCAUACUAAUGCUGACACACUACGCCGUUGCUAUUUUACUUGCCGUUUUGUCGGGAUAUCUAUUCUAUGCUGUUUCCGAUGACAUUGGGGGCUUCCAAAAUCGACUCGGCCUGUUCUUUUUCCUGCUGGCCUUGUUCGGAUUCAGCACUCUCACGAGCUUGAAUGUCUUCUCAUCGGAGCGAGCCAUCUUUGUCCGGGAACGAGCCAACGGGUAUUACAGUCCAAUCACAUACUUUGCGGCGAAAGUCGUUUUUGAUAUUAUUCCGCUUCGCCUGAUUCCUCCCAUCAUCAUGGGAAUCAUUGUCUACCCGAUGUCAGGCCUUGUGCCCGCCUGGAGUAACUUCCUGACAUUCAUUUUGAUUCUAGUUCUCUUCAACCUGGCUGCUGCGGCUAUCUGCCUUACUAUUGGCAUUGUCUUCAAGGACGGAGCGGUCGCCAAUCUCAUUGGCAGCUUGGUCAUGCUCUUCAGCCUUCUUUUUGCCGGUCUUCUACUCAAUCUCAAUCACGAUACUGUGACAGGACCAACUCACUGGUUGCAAUUCUUAUCGAUCUUCCACUACGGCUACGAAGGAUUGAUUGUCAACGAGGUUGCAAAGUUACGAUUGAAAGACCGACGAUAUGGUCUCGACAUUGAGGUGCCAGGUGCCAGCAUUUUAAGUGCAUUUGGGUUUGACAACCUAGCGUUAUGGCGGGAUGUCAUUGGUCUGGCGGUUUUUGCAGGAUCAUUCAUCAUUAUUGCAUAUGGAGCCAUGCAUAUACUUCUUGUUGAAAAAAGGUAA